AAAGGAGACAACAUAUUUACUCAGUAAGCAAGAAGAUUUAGUGAAUAAAGGUACUCAGCAAUUAUAUUCAUUAAACAAACAAUGGUUGGAAUGAUGGGUUGGGGAGCUAACUCUGAUCAACAAGGAUGGAGGAAAGGACCAUGGACUCCUGAAGAGGAUAAGCUGCUCUCUGAGUACGUUAACUUGCACGGUGAGGGAAGAUGGAGUUCUGUAUCUCGUUGUGCAGGAUUGAAUAGGACUGGGAAGAGUUGCAGGCUAAGGUGGGUGAACUACUUGAGGCCUGGACUUAAAAGAGGUCACAUAACACCUCAGGAGGAAGGCAUUAUUAUCGAAUUGCAUGCCUUGUGGGGCAACAAAUGGUCAACCAUAGCACGUUAUUUGCCAGGAAGGACAGACAAUGAAAUCAAAAAUUACUGGAGGACACACUUCAAAAAGAAACAAAAAGCUUCUGCAAAACAAGACAAGAGAAAAAUUCAAAGGCAAAGAAACCAACAACAACAAAAUUGCACCAUCGCUAACAAGUUGUCACCUAAAGCAGAAGAAGCGAUCAUGCAAAAGAGCGAUGAACAAUAUGAUAACGAAUACCAAGACGCGGUAACGUUCACAAAUUAUCAUCAGAAUAUGGAUCCUGUUGUGGACUUGCCACCAGUAGUGACGACUUCUUCAGACAUAUCGUAUGCAUGGACAGACACUAUUCCGAUGGAUGGAUUAUGGGGAGGAUUGUGGAACCUAGAUGUAGAUGACAAGUGCAAAGUGGCCAUCCAAAAUCAACCUAAUACUGCUAAUUAUUCUUACACAACUGAUUAUGCACUCAACUUAUAUAAUGGAGGUUUUAUUUUCUGAGAAAUUAAUUAAAGAGUGGUGCUAAUGGAACUAAUUAGUCAGAUUUUGUUUUUUCUACUAUAUAUGUCAUUU